AUGCUCUCCAGAUCGCUUCUCAGUGCGGCGGCCCUCGCGGUCGUGGCCAAUGCACAAACCAUUGUGACCUCCAGUGCCAGCUCAGUUGCUGCUGCUACUACGGUCUCACAAGUCAUGCCUCCAGCUGCCACCGCAUCCUUCAAUCCCGCAAGUGUUGAUUCGACUGAAGCUUUCAACUGGUGCCGCGGUCAGCUCAAUACUUGCCCUCAGAUCUGUGGAGGUUCAGCUUCGACAAAUCGAUGCGACUCGACACAAUUCACAUACUCGUGUAUCUGCGCCAAUGGAACCGUCCCCGAUUGCACCGCAUUCGCCGAAACCCUUCCCUACUUCAUGUGCCAGGCGACAUAUGGACAAUGUGUUGCUGCGCAUCCCAAUGAUGCUCAAGGUCAAUCUGUAUGUGAGACAAAUCAACAAUGUGGCACUCGCAAUGCGACAGCCGAAGCCCUUGCCCUCACCUCUGCAGCAGAGAGCAGCACCGCUGCGGCGACAAGUUCAGCCUCUUCAUCAGCUUCCGGUUCUGCCACUGCUGCCACCACCUCUGCCUCUGCUAGUGCCUCAGGUAACGCUGCUGCUGGAAUGAGCCAGCAACUCGCCACUGGUGCAUUUGCCGCUGUCCUGAUGGCUGCUUUCAAGUUCUUGUUGUAA